AUUGCAAUUUAUUGCUCUUGAUUGGCUCGCCAGAGCCGCCCAGUGUUUGAAGGACAUGCAGUUUUGUCGGCUAAUACAUUACGAGGACGUAUGCGACUUUAGGUUGUUUCUCUUCCCCCACUCUUUCUGUCACAGGUCUGGAUGCUGCAGGCUGUGUCCAGGCUGAGUAGAGCAGCGGUGUGUGUGAGGCGAGUGGCCGCCCAGGUCCAGGUCACCACUGUAACCAUGGCCCAGAAUCACCAGAGCUGCGGUACCUCCUGUCAACAGAAGGGGGGUGCUGUCACAGCAGCCAUCCUCAUCAUCGGGGACGAGAUACUCAAGGGUCACACGGUGGACACUAACAGUGCCUUCCUGUCGCGAGCGCUGAGGAAGCUGGGAGUGUGUGUCCAGCGUGUCACAGUAAUCCCUGACCAGCAGGAGGUCAUCUCUAAGGAGGUGGCCCUCCUGGCCCCACAGUACACACACCUGCUCACCUCUGGGGGAAUAGGCCCCACCCAUGACGACGUCACCUUCGAGAGUGUUGCCAUGGCGUUCAAGGAGGAACUGCAUGCCCACCCGGAGCUGACCCGUUUGGUGGAGGAGUUCUUUGGGGUGGUGGAUAGGGAGAAUGCAGCCAUGAAGCUAGCCAUGGUCCCCCGCUCGGCCAAGCUUAACUACGGCACUGACCCUCAGACUGGAAAGCCACUACGCUACCCACUGGUGAGUGUGCAUAACGUCUACAUCUUCCCUGGGAUCCCGUCUCUCUUGGAGAGAGCCUUCAACGGUCUGGAGCACCUGUUCGCUGGCUCAGGGACCACCUUCCACACACGAGAGGUGUUUGUGGAUGCAGACGAGGCGUUGAUCGCCCCGGUGCUGACCCGCCUGCAGGCGGGCUGGGGGAAGAGGGUGGCUCUGGGCUCCUACCCUGACUGGCUUAGUAACUACCAUCGGGUCAGGCUGGUGCUGGAUUCAGACAGCUCUGAGGAGGUGGAGAAGGCCCGGGCUCAGCUGCUGGAGGAGAUGCCCAAAGGCAGUGUGGUUCCCCUGGUCACGGACCCUGUGUCCAUCGCUACUGAGGAGGUCUACACCCUGGCCAACAGCGGCACACCACUGGGUGAUAAAGUGGCAAACGCUCUGAAGACCAUAGAGACUGCUCUGGAUCAGUAUUCGGCAGGGGAGAUCUGUGUGGGCUUCAAUGGAGGCAAAGACUGCACUGCUCUUCUACAUCUAUAUUACGCUGCACUGAAACGGCGGUAUCCGGAGGGUAAGGACAAGGUAAAAGCUCUGUACAUUCGCAUCGUCUCUCCCUUCCCAGAGAUGGAGAGAUUCCUCCAGGACACAAUAAAGAGAUAUGACCUGGAGAUUUUCUCAGUGGAGGGCAGUAUUCGGCAGGCAUUGAGUGAGGUACAGGAGAGGAGGCCAGAGCUGAGAGCUGUGUGUAUGGGCACCAGGAGGAGUGACCCCUACUCACACACACUCACACCCAUGUGUCUCACUGACCCUGGAUGGCCAGACUACAUGAGGGUCAACCCCCUGCUGGACUGGACGUAUCAUGAUAUCUGGUCAUUCCUGAGGACUCUAUAUGUGCCCUACUGUAUUCUAUAUGAUAAAGGGUACACCUCAUUGGGCAGCAUGGACAACACCUGCCGAAACCCCGCCCUCCAAGUGGUGGAUGGGAGGGGCGUGAGCCGCUAUAGACCUGCCCACCACUUGGAGAAUGAGGAAAUGGAGCGCAACUCACGUGAAUGAUGUUUGUAACGUUAUGUCCUGAUCUUUUAUCCGCCCUUCCUGUUUGGGGCUCCAGGUAAGAGAUGCUUGUAGGGACAGACCUAGGAUCAGCAUAUCCUCCUCAAAUCCCAACCUUAACCAUUAGACAAAACUGAACAUACAGGCAACUUCUGAAGAGAAGAGGGGAGGAAGGAAGGAAGAGAAGAGUGAAGGAAAGAGGAAACCGAUUGAGGAAAGUGGAACAGACAAAGAACCAGAGACUGAUCGCAGAAUGAGUGAAUUUUGAAGGAAAGGUGUGUGUUUGAGUGGAAAAUGUGUAUGUGUGUAUGUCUGAGUGGCUUAGAAUCUAAUGAUAUGGAUUUACAUGGUUUGUAAUAAAAUAUAGAUCUGUCAAGUUUA